UGUCAGUCUUGAGUCGUGCAAACCCACACACCCUGGUUCCUUAGCAACAGGGUGUAAUUGUUUCUCCAGACCAGGCUAGUCGAGGAAGGAAAGUGAAUGUGGAUCCAGCCGCUCUCCCGUUCUUUCUCUAAUAAUUGUUCUAUGUUCUGAAAGAACGGGUUUUGGAAUCUGCAGCCCGUGGUUCAGGAGGAUCGUGGUGCAUGCAGACUGAGGGAUGGGUCUGUUUGACAAGCUAGCAGGGUGGUUGGGAUUGAAGAAGAAAGAGGUGAACGUCUUGUGUCUUGGCCUGGACAACAGUGGCAAGACCACCAUCAUCAACAAGCUCAAGCCCUCCAAUGCCCAGACACAGGACAUUGUGCCCACCAUUGGCUUCAACAUAGAGAAGUUCAAGACCUCGAGUCUGUCCUUCACGGUGUUCGACAUGUCGGGUCAGGGUCGCUACAGGAACCUCUGGGAGCAUUACUACAAGGAGGGCCAGGCCAUCAUAUUUGUGAUUGACAGCGCUGACAAGCUAAGGAUGGUGGUGGCAAAGGAGGAGCUGGACACCCUGCUCAACCACCCGGACGUUAAACAUCGCCGUGUCCCCAUCCUGUUCUUCGCUAACAAGAUGGACGUCCGUGAGGCUCUGUCUUCAGUCAAAGUCUCCCAGCUGCUCUGCCUGGAGAAUAUCAAAGACAAACCUUGGCACAUCUGCGCCAGCGAUGCCCUCAGAGGAGAGGGUCUACCGGAGGGGGUGGACUGGCUGCAAGAUCAGAUCCGGACCCUGCGGACGUGAGGGCCUGACGUCGCCCUGGAGAGACGCAACCAGCACCUUUGUCUCCAUGACAACGAUGAAGGAGCGUGGUACACCCCCCCCCCCCCCCCCCCCCCCCCCCAACGAAGAGAUCCAAACCCCGAACAACAGAUAAAGGCUGGACCAGCUAACUCAACAUUAUCAUGUCGUUCUCCUCUCUAAACAACGUCCUGACACCAAGACCCACUGCUGAGUAUAAUACAAUUCAGUGGUGAGGUGAACCAGGGGAUAUUGCAACCAUGCAUUUUUUAUGCAAAUGUCUACAUGUGUUUGAAUGUUUUAUGUUUAGUGUGACACUGGGCCGAUUUACUGUGGGACAUGUAUACCACACACUGUGGGGUGGCUGCUGUCAUAUUAUAGCGUCAUAUGGAACACUCCUAUUGGGCCAAACUCUGCUUGACGUCACUUCCUUGGCAAGUCCCUCUUCCCAGUUGAGAUCACAAUGACUUUUACUCAUUAUUUUACUUCACAACAUAAAGUGAUUAAAUGAAAAAUAGCACAGCAGCAGCAGCAGAUAAAAUGAACCAAUGGGAAGUUGCAACAAUUGUUACCUCCUCUGGCUUCGUCCCCUGCUCGAGGGGGGUGUGUGUGUGUGUGUGUGUGUGUGUUUGUGUGUCGACAUUCCCACUUCAUUAUCCAGGUCUUCUCUAGUCCCUCCCCCCUGUAACGACCCUCGCCUCAUCUACUGGACGCUGCAGAGUAUUCGUCUCUCAGGGGUCACCCAGGGGUCAACCUGUAACCCGCUGGUUCCCUAGGGAACGGGUGCCCUGAUUUCAAGAAGGCAAACCUGUUUCUCCCUAUAUUUCUAUCCAUCUAUCUUUCUUUCUACCUUUAUGUCUCCAUCUUGUUCCUUCUCUUUUCUCUUCCACCUCUUUGUCUGCAUCUUUCUUUCCCUAGUAUUUAGCUCUACUUCUUCUUCCUCCACUCUCUCUCCCUCUCUCUUCCUUAUAUGAACACAAGUGAAAUGUAGAUAUAUAAAUAUUAAAUGCAAACCUUGCCAGACAAUGAAUGUCAAUGUUGUUCGUUGUAUCAAUUCCAGAGACGGCGCGUCAUUUUGCUGUUCGGCCACUUUGAGAGAUGUGUGAGUGUGAACUUUUACCUUUAGUAUCUACAGCUACAAGAUUUAUGAUAAUGUAUCCAUAUGUUGAUAGUGCACAUGAUUUGUGUUUCAGUGAGUUAGGAACGCUACAUUCUGUGAAUGUAUAUUGAAACAUCCAUCUGUUAUUCUUCUAUUUUCUUUAGCUACGUAAUUGACAGAUGUUGCUGUUAGGAAUAGGGCAAAACCAAUGUUCAUUUAUUCUAAAUGAGAACAUUUGGUCUGUCAGGUCCCAGAGAAGAUGACUUUUAAAGCCCCGGCAGAUUUAUGGAAGUGCGGUAAUAUGUUCAUUUUUGCCUGGAUCCAUUUUAUCCCGAGAGCAGUGGAUGAGGCCAGUGGUGUCGUUUGUCUCUUGGACAACGGUAUGGUUCGUCUGUGACUUCAUUUUAACUACCCACCAUAACUCCCAUCGUUAACCUCUCACAACCAACCUGGAGCUUAUUCACAGCAAAUAGCAUAAAACACAGCUGAUGCAUUGGCAGCUUUCUUGAACCUGAAUGAGAUGUCUGGACUAUUUAGAGAGCAGCUUACACCACUUGCCAGUAGCCUACUGUGGUAGACUUUAAUUUUUCCUCAGCAACAUAGUGAUUUUUAUAUUUCAGAUACAUGUCAUUAAUAUUGCGGCUGGGGGUUAGGACAUAUUGCUCAAGGUUCGAACCACACCAUUUCGAAGCCGUACGCAUGGGUAUCGGACCCAGUACCUUUCACCUGGCAGUCAAACACACAAUCCUGAGUUUUUAAGUGAGUACCUAGGUCUAAACUUAGGCAACUAUAGACACUAGUAGACACUUAUUUUCCUCUCCCAGGAAAGGAUAGCAGCUUCAGUAGUAAUGAGGGCGUUUUUUGAGAUCGCCACAGACGGUGUUUACAUCCUCAUUAUCAGCAGCUUGUCAAGACUGGGACACUUCUACAGCGCUGCUACCUUUGGAAGAUGGCUCUCCCAAUACAGUCAAUUAUAACCGCUGUUAAUGGAGUGCAAUAUACUGCAAACAACAGUAUACCCUGUUUAUAUAUUCAAUGAAAUGAAUUUAUUAAUUAUGGUAAUAAUAAAAAGAUUAAUAACGGUGA